GGGCCCUGAUCCAACACCCACUCGCAGGAGCACAGGAAAUGACAUUUCCUACGUUUUUUUGCAGGACACAGAGGGAAAAACACGGGGAGGUUGACGGAGACAGUUGGAGGGAGAGUGAGGGAGCGAGUGGGAGUUUUUAAGUGGGAACAGAGCCUUUACUGUUUCAUAUUACAGAGAAAAGAGGAGAAAGAGGAGAGGAGUUAAUGGUGGGUGAGGGCUCUGGUGGGCUGUGCAGUCAGGCUCUGUUUUCAGUGUAGCUGCUUGACCAAGGGCUGUGCAGUUGUCUGGGUUUAUGGAUUCACUGACUGUGGAAAAUGUACUUUUCUGUAGUGGUCCUUGUCCUGAUUAAGGCUCUGGUCACAGACGUAUGUCACACCCUGAAUGUGACAGUCACCCCUGGACCUGCCGUCUUCGUGACCGAGAGAGAAAACCUGACCUUGUCCUGUCUGGUGUCUCAAAGGAAGAGGAGCAACAGUGUCCUCAUCCUUCGCUGGUUCUUCUCUCCUCUCACUCCUCCUCCUUCUACUCCACCCACCACUCCUCCUACACCUGGCCCUCCUCAGUUUCUGAUUGUGAGGAUGGGCAUAAAGAAAAUGAAGCUGUAUGGGAACUACACCCGUCGUUUCCCCCAGCCAAAGUUUCAUUUGUAUGAUGAUGACGGAGACGGCGAACUGUACCGGCUGCUCAUCCUAGGUGUGACGGGGAUGGAUCAGGGCUCCUACAUCUGUAGAGUUCAGGAGAUCCGCAAACACAAAAACACGUGGAGGGCCUCCUCUAAUGGCACCAGCUCCAUACAGUUGACAGUGCACAUUAUUCCAGAUGAUGGCAGCAAUAAAGGAGUGGGGUUUUUAUUUGCAGAUGUGUUUCUGUGUGCCGUGUUAAUCUGCUCCAUGGGACUUCUGUCCAUCUUCAUGUUCACCCUAAUCCUAAUCUGUCAGUACUUCCACAGACGACACAGGCUUAAAGCCAGUUAUCUUUUGGUGAAAUGUCCAGAAAGCAGCUCUGGAGAAACUGUAACCAGCUCCAGCAGUUGCUCCAGUUCCUCCCCGAGAGCCCAGAGAAAAGACACAGGACAGAAAACGGACAGAGGAGUAACAGCGGCGCCACCGAAGCUACCCACAGAGCCUCUGCCUCACACUCCCACUAAAGUGCCCAUUGCUGCAAAGAGACCUCAGAAGCCCAGAAGGUUGAAGACUCAGCAAAGGAGAUCUGCCACACCUCGAGCAUUACAAGAGGACAGUCUGACGUAUGCAGAGCUGGAGUUGGUGAGACCGAGGCAGGGACCACCGGCCUCCUCCAUCCCUCAUACCCCUCCCACCGUCCCAGACACUGUGUACGCUCAGAUCCUCUUCCAGGAAGAAAGGCUCUAGAUAUGGCAGUUUGGUACCUCCUGGUGAGGGCAGAGGCCCAGCUCUCCAGACUGAACUAAACCAAACAGAAUCCUAAGGAGCGUAUUUAUGAACUAUGACUAUGGCAUUGCUUUUUUUAUUGUUGGGGGAGGGGGGGGAUGCCCCGUUUGAAGGUAAGGUUUUGCUCCUUCCUAACAGGGAGGGUAUGAUUCUGUCACCAGAUGUUAUUGUUUUAAAGAAAUAGGUUUUUAAGUACAUUUUAAUAUUUCUGCAUUAAUACACUAUAUCAGUGCAUUUACUACAUCUUUAUAAAUCACAGCAGCAAACACUGAUAACUGACAAACGAAUGCACUCGGCACUCUGCCAAAAUAAGACUUUUCUCUUUUGCUGCUGAACAAAACGGAACCAGCAACGGGCUCACCAGGCAGAUGCGGAGUGUUAUUGAGCUUUUUGUCUAACUCAGGCCUCAAACACCUCCCUUCAUGUCGAAACUCUAAUAAAAUACCAAAGGACAGAAAACA